AUCAACUUGACAUCAGGUCAGUGCGUCAACAUUAUCAAGCAGCCUGACGUAUUUUCCUUUCUUUAGUACUUGCCUAUUAUUUUUAAAUGAUUAUUCUUCACUGGGAGCACUGUAAUUCCACUUAUACUGGAUGUGGUGCAUUCAAUAUUCCUGACAAUGAAGUUGACUUUGACUGUGUCGUGAGUCUUCCACUAGGUGGCGACCGGCCCCAGUUCAACGCUCAAUUGAGUGUGACGUUUAUCCCGCCGUUGGAUUAUGGAACAUGGCAGUUUCUGUGCGUUGGUGUGUCGACUCUGAACGCUGAUUCCAUUCUGGAGAUGCCUUUUCUCACCUGUGACUUCUCCGAGAUGCUGCAGCAUUUUGAGGACUACUGUUCACAGCACACUUUGACAGACCCAGCCCAGUACACUUCUGAGGACCAGGGGAAGCUGCAGUUUUCUCAGGAGACUGCUUUUGUGAUGGCUGGACCGUUAAUGCAAAAUCCACACAACAGUGAGAUGCUGCAGUCGUUCCCAGAUUUGUCAGCCAUGAUCGGUGGCCAGCCUCUGAAUGCAGUUCCUCCAUUCAAUGACCACUGGCAGGGCGUGACACAUUUGCCAUACAGCUGUCCCCACACAGAGCCUGCUGAUCCCUUCCAGGUUCUUUGUGGUUCAUCUGAGAUCCUUCAGUCCACCACACAUGUGCAGCUUCCACCAACCAGGUCUGUGGUCCAUUCUCCUCCAAACCACAGUGUGAUGCCGGACGUCCAACACACAACACCAGCUGUUGUCCUUCGUGACGUCCAAAUGAAUAACACUGGUCUCCUUGAGCUGCUGAAGAAAGAUCACUCUCAGAGCACGACAGAGCAACAAUCCACACAGAAGCGGUUGCACCGCUUAGCAAGGAAUCGGGAAGCUGCUCGACAGGCUCGCCGCAGGAAAAACAUCUACAUUAGAGCUUUGCAGGAACGUGAACGUGAGCUCCAGAGGCUCAACCAGAGUCUGCUCGAGGAGAUUCAAGCUCUCAAGAAGAAAAUCACCCAAGACUCUUGACUUCAU